AAUCUCACGAUACGUUUGCUCAGUCCGCCAUGUUGAUUGUAUGAGUGUUUGGAGCUGGACGCUGUGAAAAUGUUUGUUGUGGAACUUUAUACGUUUUCUCUGCAUAACUAAGAGAAAAGGGGAAACUGUGUUAGCAAAUAUCUGAUCUUCAAACUUAAACGUGUUGUUCCUUUUGGUGCUGAGGAUGUAUCGGCGCGGAGGAAACAAGAAGGACAACAUCAAACCUAAGAAGGAGGAGAGCGACAGCAAUAAAUUCGCCGAUCUCCUGGUUUUCGGCUAUGCCUGCAAGCUGUUCCGGGACGACGAGAGGGCCGCCUACCACGAACAGGGCAAACAUCUUAUCCCAUGGAUGGGGGACAAGAACAUCAUGAUCGAUAGGUACGACGGGCGUGGUCAUUUGCAUGACCUGUCGGAGUAUGACGCCGGGUCCUGGAAUCGCGACUACCAGCUGUCUGAGGAGGAGGCCAGGAUCGAGACGCUCUGCGACCAGGAGAGGUUCCUGGCCCUGCACGCGGACCUCCUGGAGGAGGAGGCCAGGCAAGAGGAGGAGUACAAGCGUCUGAGCGAGGCCCUGGCGGACGAGGGAACCUACAACGCCGUCGCCUUCCGCUACAGCGCCGACUACUAUGACCCCUCCCAGCCCACCGAGGAGGAGGAGGGCAAGGAGAACGUGGAAGAGCCUGAGCCCCAGGAUGCUGAGGAGCCAUAUGUGGCCCCCCCUGGCCUGCUUGUGCCCCCCGACGUGGAGCUGCCCGCCACCACAAAGAUGCACGCCAUCAUCGAGAGGACCGCCAACUUCGUGUGCAAGCAGGGGGCGCAGUUCGAGAUCGUGCUGAAGGCCAAGCAGUGCAGGAACUCUCAGUUCGACUUCCUGCGCUUCGACCACUACCUGAACCCGUACUACAGGCACAUCCUGCGCACCAUGAAGGAGGGCCGCUACGCGCCCGUGUCCGAGAGCAAGCAGGACGAAUCCGGGUCGGAUGAUUCGGACGACGACGACAACGAUGGAAAUUACCUCCACCCCAGCCUGUUUGCAUCCAAGAAAAGUUCCCACCUUCAGGAGAUUAUCAAGCCGCUGCAGGUGAUGGACCCGGAUCACCCGCUGGCCGAGCUGGUCCGGAAGGCCCGCCUGGAGAACAACGGGGCGGCGGCCGCGGCGGCGGCGGCUGCGGAACAGGCGGAGGCGACCGCGGAGAUGGCGGCAGCGGCGACGACGGCGGCGAUGGCCGCUCAGCCGGAGUACGCCGCGGACCCCAACGUAGCUGCAAUGUACUAUGGGUACUGCAUGCUUCCGGACGGGACCUACUGCCUGGCUCCGCCUCCCCCCGGGAUCGACGCCGCCGCGUACUACAGCUCGCUGCCAGGGGGGGCCCUGACCCCUCCCUCCUCGUCGGGCGCGCCCCCGCCCCCCGGGACCACGCCCCCGCCGCCCUCCGACCCCGUCGUCUCCGCCCCGGCGCCCACCCCCGCCGCCGCCCCUGCCCCCACCCCCGCCCCCGCCGCCGCCCCCAGCCAGGCGGCCGCGCCUGCACCGCACGUUGCCACGGCGACCAGAGCUGCCGUUACCGCCAUCAUCCCCCCGCCCCCGGACAUCCAGCCUGUGAUAGACAAGUUGGCGGAGUACGUGGCCAGGAACGGAGUGAAAUUCGAGUCCAGCGUCCGCAGCAAGAACGACCCGCGGUUUGAGUUCCUUCAGUCCUGGCACCAGUAUAACGCCUACUAUGAGUUUAAGAAGCAGUACUACAUGCAGAAGGAAGGGAUAAGCCUGCAAGAGAGCGGAUCUCCCUCAGACAGCAAGGGGGCGCCAGAGAGCACGGCUACCGCGGACCCGGGCCCGGAAUCCGACGGCCCCGCGUCCGACAGCGCCGCUAGCCCCUCCCCGGACAAACAGGCCGACGAGGGCAAGCUAAUCAAGGCGUCCUUCGCGCCCAUCUGCUUCGCCAUCAGGGCGAAGGAGAACGACCUGCUCCCGCUGGAGAAGAACCGCGUGCGCCUGGACGACGACUCGGACGAGGACCAGGACAAGGAGGCGGGGUCGGAAGGGGGCGCGGCCGGCGGGGGCGCCGCGGCGACCAAGGAGGGUGCCGCCCCCGCCCCCCUUCCGGAGGAGAAGAGGCCCACGCUCACGCUGGAGGAGCUAGAGGCCAAACAAGCUAAGCUGAAGCUGGAGGACAGGCUGGCGGCAGCAGCGCGGGAGAAGCUGGCCCAGGCCUCUAAGGAGUCCAAAGAGAAGCAGCUGCAGGCCGAGCGCAAGAGGAAGGCAGCGCUGUUCCUGCAGACGCUCCGCGGGCCCCCCCCCGCCGGGGACCCCCCAAACAGGAGGCCCGAGCCGCCCCCCGCCCCCCCCGGAGCAACCAGAGGUCAUCUGGCCCCUCCCCAUGGGCCCCCCGCUGGCAGUCCCCAGAAUCCCGCCGCCCACCGUGGCCCCCCGGUCUCCAGAAACGGGCGUGGCCAGAUUCAGGGACCCCCCCUCCUUGCCGCCGCCCGCUCCCCCUCGUCGUCCUCCUCCUCCUCUACCUCCCGCGGGCAGGGCCGGGAGAGAGAGAGGGAGAAGAAGAAAAAGAAGCGCAAGAAGAGGUCCAGGUCGCGGUCGCGGUCCCGCUCGCCGUCACGGUCCAAAGCCAAGCAGGCCCUGCCCAGCGCCUACAGAACAGUCCGGAAGUCCAGGUCCCGGUCCCGCACGCCCAGCAGGAGAGAGAGGGCCGCGCAUUCGGACGAGAGGAGGCGCGACGAGAGGGAGAGAGAGCGAUACGUCCCCAGUGCCUAUCGCCACGGCAACAGCCCCGGCUUCAGCAAGAAGCGGUCCAGGUCAAGAUCGCCCCGUGAGAAGAGGAAGAAGAGCUCCAAGUCGCAGGUGAAGACGAAGGCCUCCUCCUGCUCCCCGUCCUCCUCCCCCGGCCGAACAGGAAACAGGAAGCACUCGGCCAGCCUCUCCCCUUCCGGCAGCCCCGCCUCCAGCCUGGGGACGUCCAGGGGGGGCUCCCUGGAGAAAGACAAGCAGGUGUCCUCGGCCAUCGUCUCCUCGGUCCAGGCCAAAAUCACUCAGGAUCUGAUGGCCAAAGUCCGAGCCAUGUUGGCCGCCUCGAAGGACAUGCGGACCGCCCCCUCCUGAAAGUGGGCGGGGCCAACCACAGCCACGGAGAGGGCAGGAUCCAAUCACAGCCUUCCGUCUGCUCGCCAGGAUAGCAGAGUCUCCCAGCCAAUCGAGAAACGGCAUUCAGCCUGGUGCACGAGCACGGGCUCGAGCUGUCUUUUUAGUUUCGUUUUUUGGGUUUUUUUUUUUUUUUUUUCCGGAUCCCUAACUGAUGUCUACCGGAUGGUAAAAUUUCUGCUGUCAGACGAAAGUGGAACUGAAGUGCAAGCUGAUUGUUGAAGUUCAUCCCGGUCUUAAGCAGAAUCCAAUGCGUCCUGUAAAAAUGGUCGCUGGCUACAAUUUUUCCAAGUGCUCCCAACUGCCAGCAUUCAAAUUCAGUUUGAGUCGGGCGGAAGAACAGAAACGUUUUGAAAAGCAUCCUCCGAAUGUGGCCUCUCUGUUGUUUUUUUAUAUUCGCAGUUGUGCGGUUACGUUUGAAAGACAGAAGGGCAGAACUUCACCCUUCCGUGAAGGGUUUUUUUUUUUUUUUUUCCUUCCUCUUCCUCUUUUGGGACUUGGUCCAGGCCAAGCCCAUCCUCCUCUUUUCUCCUUUUCAGCUGUGUGGCCUUCAGUCUCUUCGUUUCUUCAGAGCUCAGCGUCACACUGCUUUGUAAAACAGCGUUUGUCAAUAAAUUUGAAUAAUAAUUAAAAACUCA